AUGCAGACAUGGAGAGGAUUGAAUCUGUUUUUGAUGGGGAUGAUUGUUGGAGUCGUUUUCCUUCGAAUGACAACUGUUUUAGGAGGUGAGUCGUCUGAAUUUGAAUCGUUGAUUUGGUUUCUUAGAGCUGUUGAUCCUCAAAACAUGUUAAGAUUAGGCCAGGAUGCAUCAAGGAAAAAUCCAUGCUUGGAUAAGUGGAAGGGUGUGAAGUGCAACAUAAAAGGUACCACCAUACUUGAGAUUAGGCUUGAAAACUCAAAUCUUAGUGGUGUACUUGAUGCAAAUUCAUUAUGCAUGCUUCCAAAUCUUCGAGUUCUAAGCUUAGCCGAAAACCGAAUUCAAGGACAUAUUCCAAACGCCAUAUUGUACUGCAGGAAGUUGACCUAUUUAAAUCUAAGCAGCAAUCUUCUAAGUGGAAAGAUUCCAAGUAAUCUAGCCAGAAUGAAAUAUCUUAGGAAAUGGGACAUCUCCAAGAAUCAUUUUGAGGGUAUGAUUCCAAUUUUCGAAGGAGAAUUCAAGAAGCUGAAUAAGUUUUCGAUGAAAGCAUAUAAUAGAGCUUCGUAUCAGGAAGAGUUAAAGGAUCAAACUAAUGUGUCCCCAGAGAGUCCACAAAGGUACAAUUCUCAGAAAAAGAGUUGGCUUAGGAAAUCACAAAACUGGAUACCGUUAGUUAUUGGACUCUUUUUGUUCACGUUGGUGACAUACUUGGCGGGCAAGAAGGCAUCAGAGUUGGCAAGAGACAAGGCAAUUCUGAAGUCUCUUCAAGACUCUCCAACUAAAACCCCUCAAGCUAAGACAAUAGAAGAAGUGAAGCCAGAAGGAAUACUAUCUGAGCUUGUCUUUUUUGUUGAAGAGGAAGAGAGGUUCACGUUGGAGGAUCUUCUUGAAGCCACAGCUGAUUUAAGAAGUCAGACAUUUUGUAGAAGUUUAUACAAUGUAAUACUCAAGAACAAUGAGGAGUAUUCAGUCACGAGAUUGAAGAAAUUGCAGGUUUCCUUUGAGGAUUUUUGCCAAAUUAUGAGACAGAUUGGAGAUGUGAAGCAUCCAAACAUUUUACCUCUUGUUGGUUAUAGUUUUACUCCUGAAGAUAAACUCCUAAUCUACAAGUAUCAAAACAAAGGGAGUCUGCUAAACCUGUUUGAAGAUUAUAUUGAAAGUAAGAGGGAUUUCCCAUUGAGGCUUCGUUUAUCCAUAGCAGGAGGAAUUGCAAGGGGUUUGAACUUCAUAUUUCAAACUACUAAUGACCAUGAGACACUACUACAUCAUGGAAAUCUUAAACUUUCAAAUAUUCUGUUGGAUGAUAAUGAUGAACCACUCAUAAGCGAAUUCGGACACUCAAGAUUUCUAGACCCCAAGGGAGCCGGCAUAUGUUCCUCCAAAGGCUACACAGCUCCUGAGAAAAGUGUCUCUGAAAAAGGAGAUGUGUAUAGCUUUGGAGUGAUACUCUUGGAGCUACUCACAGGAAAACCAGUAGAGAAAACUGGUAUAGACCUUCCUAAAUGGGUGAAUGCCAUGAUAAGGGAGGAGUGGACUGGAGAGGUGUUUGAUAGGGAAUUAGCUAAGGCUGCAACUCAUUGGGCUUUCAUUUUGCUCAAUAUUGCUCUCAAGUGUGUCUCAAACUUACCCGAAAACCGCCCUACUAUGGAAGAAGUUUUGGAGAAGAUUGAAGAGGUUAUGUAUGCAGAACAAGACCAUACCAUGUCGCCAUUGUCUUCUCAUGAAUGUCACCAGGAUACUUGUCUUCUACAUAGCAUCAUACCUGAGACAUGGGACACUCCUGGAUCAAAUUAUUGAGCCUUCUUGCUUUCUGAAAUAUUACUAUUUAGUACAUUACAUUUUCAUACUUUUCUUCUUGUAAUUCCGGAUUGCAUAAGCCUUUAGAAAAGUACUUGUCUGUUGAGUAUACAUUAAUUCAUCAGUUUGGAGACUUGGGUAUUUUUUUGCUUAGUUCUCAUAUCUAUGUGCUGAUAUAUAAUAAUAAU